AUGUAUUUGGGCCUGAUCCGUAUCAAUCCACUGAUAUCUUUGAACUCAGUAUCGGGUAACGUAAUCGACACGCAGAAGCAGGUUCUCUCUCUGAUCCGCGAUUUCACUCUGAAAGAUCUCGUGGAGAUUUCGGGUUUUGAACGAUUCUACUAUUCAAUCCCUGGAGACACAGGUGAGUUGUCUUUGAACGAUUUUACUAUUCAAUCUCUGGAGGCAAGGAUUAGUCUUCUUCAGGAUGAAGUUUCUACUAAUGGCAUUGAAGAUGAUGCUCUUAAGAGAUCAGUUUAUAAGCUAAAUGGAAGAAUUGAUCAAGGAGAAAAGUUCCAUAAAACUAUAGAUUUGAGUGUGGGCAGUGAUGAGACUACUGGCAUAACUGCAAAUAACAAAGCUUUUGUGGAUGGUUCUGGAGCUGAUUCAGAAGCUAUCAAGGGAAUGCUAUCUGAUUCACUCAGCCUAUUAAGGUACACUGUUUCUCGCUGGUGAAAUUGUAGCGAUGCUUAGAUUCACGACGAACAAACGAACCUCUCCGCCUUUUGGACUUGAAAGUGCCAAAAGCGUCCUACUCAAAGAAGAUGGCCACAAGGUCGUCGGGUUCCAUGGCAAAGCGGGUGCAGACAUAAUUCACCAAGUUGGAGUCCAUGUCAAGCCCAUUUUCAAGUGAAGUUUUUAAUAUUUUCUCAAAGUCUCAGUCUAAUAAAAAUGAGCUAAAAAAAAGCUCUGUUCUAGAAAUUGUUAUUUACGUGUGUAAAUGGUAAAUAAGGUCUUUCACGCACUUUGCCUAUGUGUUACUUGUGUGUUGUUGGUGUUCGUGUUUCAAUGUCUCUUUAUGGUGUACUGGAGUUUGUAACAGUACUGUUUAAGGUGUACAUAUAAAAUUUUGGUUACGUUGUGUU